AUGGAGGCGAGGUACGAGGCGCUGCGUCGCGCCACGGAGGAGGUGGCGGCGGUGGACGCGCACGCGCACAACCUGGUGGAGCACGGCUCGGCGUUCCCCUUUCUGCGCUGCUUCUCCGAGGCCGAGGGGGAUGCGCUCGCGCUCGCGCCCCACUCCCUCUCCUUCAAGAGAAGCCUGAGGGACAUCGCUGCAUUGUACAACUGCGAGCCCUUACUUGAGAAGGUGGAGAAGUUCAGAAGUGCUGAAGGAUUGAAAUCGAUUGGCUCCAAAUGCUUCCAAGCUGCCAACAUAUCUGUCAUCCUUAUAGAUGAUGGCAUAGCAUUCGACAAAAUGCUAGACUUGGAGUCUCACAAGGCAUUUGCUCCUGUAGUUGGCAGAGUUCUGAGAAUAGAAAGGCUAGCAGAAACAAUCAUCAAUGAUGUGAGUGUAUUUCUCUUGUUUCUCUCUCUAGUUUCUAACCAAAUUGUUGCAUUAAAAAGCAUAGCUGCAUAUAGAAGCAGCUUAGAGAUCAAUCCCAAUGUUAACAAGACCGAUGCAGAGGAUGGUCUUCGUAAGGAGCUAACAGGUCCUAGGCCAUUUCGGAUUACAAACAAGAACCUGAUUGACUAUCUAUUUACCUGCAGUCUUGGAAUUGCUGUUUCACUUAACCUGCCAGUGCAAAUUCACACAGGUUUUGGAGAUAAGGACCUUGACUUGCGAAAGUGCAACCCACUACAUUUGCGUGCUGUUCUUGAGGACGAAAGAUUUGCUAAGUGCCAAAUUGUUCUUCUACAUGCUUCUUAUCCAUUUUCUAAGGAAGCAUCCUAUCUUGCAUCUGUUUACUCCCAGGUCUACCUUGAUUUUGGCUUGGCGAUUCCAAAACUUAGUGUUCAUGGAAUGACAUCGUCCUUGAAAGAGCUUCUGGAGCUAGCUCCCAUAAAGAAGGUCAUGUUCAGUACUGAUGGAUAUGCUUUUCCAGAGACAUAUUAUCUAGGUGCAAAAAGGGCACGGGAUGUUGUUUAUCGUGUCCUAUCUGCUGCAUGUGAAGAUGGAGACCUUAGCAUUCAGGAAGCCAUCGAAGCUGUUGAGGACAUCUUUAGAAGAAAUGCAUUGCAUUUGUACAAGUUAAAUGUUGUCAACGGAUCAAUAAAUCAUGAGACUACCAUAGUUGGUGACAGUGUGUCAUUGUCUUCUGUUGAAGAAGAUGUGCUCUUUGUUCGAAUAAUCUGGAGUGAUGCUUCUGGUCAAUAUAGAUGCCGCGUUGUGCCAGCUGGACGGUUUUAUGAGAUUACAAGGAAUAAGGGUGUUGGUCUGACUUUUGCAGCAAUGGGAAUGACUUCAUUUUGUGAUGGCCCAGCAGAUGGGUCUAACCUUACUGGUGUAGGCGAGAUCAGACUUGUACCAGAUAUGCCAACACUUGUUAGGAUCCCAUGGUCUAGACGCGAGGAAAUGGUGAUGGCUGACAUGCAAAUAAGGCCUGGAGAAGGCUGGGAAUACUGUCCUAGAAAUGCCUUGAGGAAAGUCACAAAAGUUCUGCUAGAUGAGUUCAAUGUGACAAUGAAGGCAGGUUUUGAGAAUGAAUUUUUUCUUCGCAGAAAAUUAGUAAGUGAUGGAGUUGAGCAGUGGGUUCCAUAUGAUAAUACCAAUUACUGCUCAACUUCAGCAUUCGAUGGUGCAUCAUCCAUAUUACAAGAAGUAUAUUCUUCCCUCAAAGCUUCAGGCAUUAUUGUUGAGCAGUUGCAUGCUGAGGCUGGAAAAGGGCAGUUUGAGAUAGCCUUGAAGUAUAUCUUGUGCACUCUUGCGGCUGACAAACUCAUAUAUGCCCGUGAGACUAUUAAAUCGAUUGCUCGAAAGCAUGGACUGCUAGCAACAUUUCUUCCAAAGCCUGAUUUGAAUGAUUUUGGAUCUGGUUCUCACGUGCAUCUGAGCUUGUGGGAGAAUGAUCAGAAUGUUUUUAUGGGGUCAAGUAAAGAUAAUUUUCAUGGAAUGUCAAAAACUGGACAACAGUUCCUUGCUGGAGUGUAUCAUCAUCUUCCAUCAAUAUUGGCAUUUACUGCUCCUCACCCAAACAGCUAUGACCGGAUUCAGCCAGAUACUUGGAGUGGAGCUUAUCAAUGCUGGGGGAAAGAGAACAGGGAAGCUCCAUUAAGAACCGCAUGCCCACCUGGUGUGCCUCUUGAUUUAGUCAGCAACUUCGAGAUCAAAUCCUUCGAUGGUUGCGCAAAUCCGCACUUGGGUCUUGCUGCUAUCAUUGCUGCCGGCAUCGAUGGGCUAAGAAGAGACCUUAAGUUGCCCGAACCAAUUGAAUCAAACCCUUCUGAUCACGCUUCCAAACUGAAGAGGCUACCGCAGAACCUGCAGGAAUCUGUAGAAGCGCUUUCUGCAGAUAAGGUUUUGCAUGAAUUAAUUGGUGAUAAACUUGUCACAGCUGCUAUAGCUAUACGGAAGGCCGAGAUCGAUCAGUUCGCGAAGAAUCCGGGUGCAUUUAACGAUCUCAUCUACCGUUACUAG